UCCGGAGAUAACUGACAGAAAAGCUGGUUUUGGUAAAUAAUUUUGGAUUGCCAUAAUGUUUAGCAAACUGUUUAAACGCACCCAGCAGGGAUCUGGAAAAGGCAAAGAACAUUUCCAGCAAGACAACGAAAGUCUUCAAACUGAAGUUAAGGCGCUUCGUGGGAUAAAUCAACAGCUUCGCAAAGAGCUGGAGCUCUCACGAAAACGAAAGGUAAGAAAUCACAAGCUCCAAAGAGAUUAUCUGUUAAGAAACCGCAAUCAGCUGUCUGCUGACAGAGAUGCCCUUAAAAAGUCCAACCAAACUCUGCUUACAGAAAUCAAAAACCAAAAUCUGCAAAUGGCAGAGGCACACAAGAGAUUACUAGAAAUGCAGAAUGAGAAAAAAACGCUGCAGCAAAACAGUUUCGCAGAAAAAGAAACUCUAGAGAUUAAAAUUGUGCAGCUGAGACACGAAAUCAGCAAAAUGGUUGGAGCCAUGGAUGAGAAAACGCAGGAAAAUCAGACUCUGCAGAAAGAUCUUGAACAGCUACUGAAAAACGAUGGAGAUGAAAUCCUGAGAAAAAAUCUCCAGCUCAGAAAGCAAGUUCCAAAGAUCCAGAGCGAUUUAGAGAAAACUGCUUUCUUAAAAGCAAACGACCAGGAGCUUAGAGAGCAAACUACGAGACUCCAUGAUAAUGUUCGAGGGCUGGUUUCCAGUGAAAACGAAUUUGAUUUAAUUAAAAACAAAAUCAAAUUACUGGAGCAUCUAAUCCAAAAGGAUUUAAAAGGAUUGCAGUUUUUUGGCAUGAAACUGAACGCCAUGCAAAAUAAAAACAAAUGUCUGCAAAACCAAACUGAGGAGAUCAACGUGCAAAACCAGAAACUCAGAAAGGAAAUGCAAGAAAUGAAGUUCGUUAAAUCCACAUGUGAUGUCUCAAAAAAACAGGUCGAUUUACAGCAGGAAGAAAAUAUCAGCUUUAAAGAAGAAAAUGAGAAAGUCCAAAAGGAUUUGCAAGAAGUGAAAAACUUUGAAUCCACGUGUGAUGUGAUGAGAAAAAAAGGUCAAAUUACUGCAACAAGAAAAUGAAGAGUUUUUUCUGCAAAGUCAGAAACUCAGACAGGAUUUCCAAGAACUAACGUUCAAUGAAUCCACAUGUUAUCCGAUACAUGUGCUGCAGCAAAGAAACGACAACUUUAAAGAUCUCAAUCAAAAUCUCAGAG